AUGCCUGAUUCUCUCCAUUUUGACAAGGAAACAUUGACCUUUGCUCCUGUGAGAGUCAGACCAAAACCUCUGGAUUCUCAGGUCCACCUGCGCUCGGCCGAGCGCCUCCGGGAGCUGUGCUGCGCCAACCGGGGCACCUUCAUCAAGGUGGGACAGCACCUGGGAGCCCUCGACUACCUGCUGCCCGAGGAGUACACGCGCACCCUCAGGGUGCUGCACAGCCAAGCGCCCCAGAGCUCCCGCCAGGAGAUCCAGCAGGUCAUCCGUGAGGAGCUGGGCAAGGAGAUCGAAGAGCUCUUUGUGAGUUUUGAGGACACCCCCUUGGGAGCAGCAUCGCUAGCCCAGGUCCACAAGGCAGUGCUGCAGGAUGGAAGGACAGUGGCAGUGAAAGUCCAGCACCCAAAGGUCCAAGCUCAGAGCUCCAAGGAUAUUCUGCUGAUGGAGGUUCUCCUCUUGGUUGUGAAGCAGAUCUUCCCAGAUUUUGAGUUCAUGUGGCUGGUAGAAGAAGCUAAGAAGAAUCUGCCUCUGGAGCUGGAUUUCCUCAAUGAGGGCAGAAAUGCUGAGAAGGUAGCUCAUAUGCUGAAGGACUUUGACUUCCUAAAGGUCCCCAGGAUCUACUGGGAGCUCUCAACAAGGCGUGUGCUCCUCAUGGAGUUCAUGGAAGGAGGACAAGUGAACGAUAGGGCCUACAUGGAGAAGAAUGGCAUCAACGUCAACGAGAUCUCGCGCAAUCUGGGCAAGCUCUACAGUGAAAUGAUCUUUGUGAAUGGUUUUGUCCACUGUGACCCGCACCCAGGCAAUGUGCUGGUGAAGAAGUGCCCGGCCUCUGGCAAGGCCCAUAUUAUCCUCCUGGACCAUGGUCUCUACCAGGUGCUGAGCGAGUCAUUCCGCAUGGACUACUGCCGCCUUUGGCAGGCCCUCAUCCAGGCCGACAUGAAGGGAGUGCAGAGGUACAGCCGGCGGCUCGGCGCGGGGGAGCUCUAUCCCCUCUUCGCCUGCAUGCUCACCGCCAGGUCCUGGGAGUCUGUCAACAGGGGCAUCGACCGCUCACCGGUCUCAGCCAGCGAGGACGUGGAGAUCCGGUCCAAUGCUGCUGCUUACCUGCCCCAGAUCACCCAGCUCCUCAACAACGUCCCCCGCCAGAUGCUGCUGCUGCUGAAGACCAACGACUUGUUACGAGGGAUCGAGUCAGCCCUGCACACACGGGCCAGCGCCAGCUCCUUCCUCAACAUGUCUCGCUGCUGCAUCAGAGCUGUUUCCACGUAUCAGAGGAGCAAGACUCACUCGCUUUACAGAAGGGCGCAGAUCUCACUCACAGAAACCCUGAGCCUGUGGCAGAUCAACUUGUACGAACUCUUCCUGUGGUUGAAGGGGUCCUGGCUGGGGAAUCGGGUUAUUGCUCUUCUAAGCCAGAUGCACCAUUCCACACACUGACACGAACUGCUGGGAGAGGCCCAGGCGCUUCCUCUCUCCUGCUCUCCAUGGCACGUUUGGCUUUCUGACUGGCUCUGUCUAUUCCACGGGCCAUUUUGGGAUUUGUUUCUUUGUGACAUGCUGCACUGUCCCUAUCUGUUACAACAUUAGCUUUCCCUGUGGCAGUGAGAGAUGGAGCUGGCUGCCAGAGCUCUGCAGUUUCAUGCUUUAGGAAAGAGGAUAUGAUGUGCUGGGAAGGCCAGGCUAUUUUAUGGUCUUUCUCUUCCCCAUCUGGACAGGACCCUAGUGACAAAUUCCAGUAGGACUGCACAGGAAACAAAAACCUUUCCUGAGAUUUUUUUAUGAAUCAUCCUACAAAAUUUUAGAGAAUCACUGACCCCCAUAGAAUGCCCCCAAAUAUUUCACAGCCUCUCAGAGAGAGGCAGUAAAUCCUUUUAAAAUCUGAUAGGGUUUUGAAUAGCAAUUGGAGAAUCUCCUUAGUCUGAUUUCUGUUCAGGUGUGUGGAGAGUUUCUCUAGGAGGAAUGUGAUCUAGUGUAGAGCUGGAACUAUUGGAUCUGCUCUCAGCCCUGAGCCAAAGAGGAACCUAGUGGUGAGAGUAGUGGACUGGGAGCCUGGCUGUUUGUCUCCAGUCCUGUCAGCAAGUGCCUCUGUGGUUUUGGACUUUUCUUGGCCUGUUUCCUCACAAGUGAAAAGGAGGAAAGGAUAAUGGUCCUGCCUCUUAUCCAAAAUUCAGGGAAGGUUCAGGAGAAAUGCCGGUGUAGUGCUCUGAAACUACUGGUAAAUUAUGUGUACUAUACAGUGCUGCCACACAGCAAAAUAAAAUGUGUUACAUUGAGGACCUACAGGGGAGAGAUGCCUGGCUGUGCACUCAGGCUGACAUUUUGGCCUCUAACUUUAGUCCCAUUUCUGUCUCUGCACUGAGUGAGCAUGUCAGGCCAUGCUUUUUUACGAGAGAAAUGAAAUGCCACCUCAGUUCCUUUGCCUAAGAGUUUUGCUGCACAUCAGGGUCCUGUGGUGCUGUGUCAGGUGUGUUGGGAUGCGAUGACGAAGCUGCUGUUUGCUGGGGUGAUGCAGAACUCCUCACAGCGCUGAUCCUGCCCCCUGCGAGGGUGGGCUGCAGCCCGUCCAUGAGACAUCACCAUCUCCAUCCUCUGUGCGAUGAGGUAUGUGCUCAGUCCUGUGGGCAUUUUGUCUUAUCACUGCCUGUGACCUUCCACUGCUUCUGCUUUGGAUGAAACCUGUCACUUGCUUGGUGGCACAAGUGACAGCUCUGAUGGCUCUGACUCCGCAGCUACAGGGUGCUGUGGAGGUUCUGGGAAGUCUCCUCCAGAGGCCUCCCUUUCACCAGGCCUACCUCGGAUCCUAGGCGAAGUCCCAGCUCCUUGCAAGGAUUCCUGUAGCCAGCAAGGACGGGUAGAGGAGACUGCUCGGAUCAUUUCAGCCUUUCUCAGACACUGUACUGGUGAGCAGGGACUGCCUUGCUGGACACAGAGAAUGGGAAGGGAACUUGCUUUCACCGUCACCAAGCUUAUUAAGCUGAGGAUCAUUAAUCAGCUACCAGUGAAUGCCUGAGUGGAAGCCAUGGGAGUGUUAUCCCAGGCUGCCUUUUCCCAGUGUGCACAAGCGUGAGAAUCCACCUCACAGCGUGUCCGUUUGUGUGGGAAGGGAGGCAGGGCACUGGUGUGCGGGCGAGUGCGUGUGUCAGUCCUUUGUGAUGAGCUGGUGCUCUUGCCGGCUGUGUGGGAGAGGGAAGGGAUGAAAUCCCGCCAAGGUACCUGACUCUGCCGGUCUGCUGGGGCAUGAGUGAGUCAGGGAUUGCAGAAGGUCCUUGUGGCAGUGAUUGGGUGUGCGUGUCUGUGUUUCUGUGCAGAGCAACUCCCUGACAUCAGCACUGGCUUUCGGGACCUUUUCUGAGUUGGAAGCAGAACUUGAAUUCUCCUGCCUUGGUUAGAAGCAAAAAAAAGAAGCCCAGGUAGAAGAUUAAAUGUCCUGGCAAAGCUGUCCCUCGCCUGUGCAAUGACACAUCAGACUGUGUGACACCAUCUGGGAAUGGAGUGAGGAUAAUGGCAGUGACGAGACCUCAGGGAAGCCCAGCAGCCCUGGGGCCUGCAGCCUGUGCACGAGUAAUCUUUGCUCAUGGGAGCAGGCUCACUGAACCAGGGCCUUGCUUGGGCAACUGCAGCCUCCAGGUUAGCUGCUGUGGGCAGACCUGUCUCCUCGUCUUCACAAGUAGAGGGCCUGCCUGCAAGGUGUCUACAUGCACCCAAGGAAGCCCAGGAGACCCUCUGGGAAUGGUCACCGGCUGCUCUGCCCUGGGAGCUGCCUCCUGCAGGUGCCUUUGCAGGUUCCAGCGGCCUCGUCUGCACAGACUAACUGGAGCAUUGUCCGGGGCUCACAAACAUCUGUGCAUGAAAGGUCAUCUCUCAGCAAGACCUUCCUCAUACCCCUGAUCUCCAGGGCAUCUUGUGUGGUGGAGAGGCUCCUCAAAGCUGGGGUUUUCAUUCAAUGCUGAUUUCAGGCCUGCUCUCAGCCAGGCCUGCGCCUUUGCACCAUCUAAGUACAGCGACACGACUGCUAAUGACGCUGCCUGAGGAAGGUGCCAGCUCUGAACCAGCAGCCCCUGUGCCUGCCGUUUCCGGCAGCGUGCAGCAGAUAGGGAGCAGGAGGUGUUUGAAGGAGCUUUGUCUAUUGACAUUAGACUCUGCCAGACAACUGCUUCAGUGCUAGAAGUGGGCCAUCUCAGCCAGUGUUGCUCAGCCCUCACUCUUCCCUUAGGGCAGUCAGUGAGGGUUUGCCUGAGGAAAGAGCAAGCAAACACCCAGAGUUUGACCCUUUAACGUUCCUGCCUUGUCUUUUUGCCAAAAGCCCUCAAAGGUGAAUGUGUCAAAAGGAUUUUGAGAAGAUACCUCCUUAUUCCAAUCCGUGUUUGUUAAACAUGGGUAACCUGGAUCAGUUCUGUGCAGUUGGCCUCCUCUGUCCACAACAUGAAUUUAUUGCUGUUUUCACCUGCAGUGGA